AAAAUGGUUGACUAACCCACUAAAGGUUUCCACGUUUGUCGUAAUUCCUUGCCAGCAAAUCAUGAACGCCGUACAACAUUUUAAUGUGUCGUAAACAUUCCAUAGUGAUCAUAACCAAAUGUUAUAUAUUAUAUUGACAAGGGACCGCUUUUACAAUAGAAAUGGAAAUACAUGUGAUGUCAGUUGGAAAAAAAGGGGCUUAUUCUCACGCGGAUAGAUUUUGGGUGGAGUAAAGCCUCUCGCUUCGCCGCUUCCUCUCGGUCAUAACGCUGGGUGAUAGAGAGAAGUGCGCCUGACCUGUACGCUUUCCUGAAUGUAAUAGACUACACGAGAUUAACAUAAAUGAGAAUUUCGAUUAUGAUGUUUAUUAGUAUAACAGACGGACUGCAAUAGGUUAGCGUCGAUUUGUAGCUACGAAAACCCCCGACGAAAGCCCUCAUCUACAUCACCACCGGGAAAUUCCAACAUCACUUUGUUUCAUCUGCCUGGCUGAAAGUGUAGGAGUUGGUGGUUUCAAAUAGGAUCAUAUUGAACCGUCCGUAUCAAACAGAACCCUGGUAUGGUAUUGAUACCUAUUUUUAUGCUGUGCAUAGGAUAUGCUUUCUACCUAGCUACUAUUCACUAACGUUAGUCUGUUCAUCACUGAUUUUUUUGGGCUAACUAGGUAGCGUUAGCCUAGCUAGAGCGUUAGCCUAGCCAGCUAAGCGGUCAUACGAAUGCAAUGGGUCACACACACUGCUGUUCUUCAGGUUGAUAUACCGAUAUGAUGGAUAAUAUCAUAGUCGAAUUGUUCUCCUCGUGGAGUGUAGAUUUUUUGGGACACUGUUUGCAUACACUGGAUACGCUUGGUGACGUUGAUUCAAUGACGACAUGCACCACUAACUUACCGGUACUGGAACAUGUUUGUAGCUGACGUUCCUGGCAACACGCUAGUCGAUGUUAUUGUUAGGUAACGUUAGUUAGCAAACAUUAGCUAGAGAAUUAGCAAGUUGCUGCCUAUGUAGAUAGCGGUGGCAAAGCACAAGACAGCUCUUCUAUUCGGGAAGCGCCAAAAUUUCGUAAAUCAUGAAACAUUGCGAAUACCAGCAAAUCGACCCGCAGGCACUUUCAACGCCAACACCGACCCUGCCGCCGCAACACGCCGUUGUUCACGAAGAGAAGAAGGGGGAAACCGCACGGAGAAAAUGGGAAGUUUUUCCCGGCAAGAAUCGCUUCUACUGUGAUGGACGGAUCAUAGUGGCUCAGCAAAGUGGUGUCCUACCACUCACCCUCGGCCUCAUUUUGGUCACCACUGUACUGUUCUUUGUUUUCGACUGCCCCUUCCUGUUGAAGCACCUGACCGUGUUCAUCCCAGCAAUUGGAGGAGUGCUGUUUGUGUUUGUAGUCAUCUCCCUCCUGCAGACCAGCUUCACUGACCCUGGCAUCCUGCCCCGGGCUACACCGGACGAGGCCGCAGACAUUGAGAAGCAGAUCGAUAACUCUGGCUCUUCCACCUACCGACCCCCUCCCCGCACCAAGGAGGUGAUGAUCAACCAGCAGGUAGUGAAGCUCAAGUACUGUUUCACCUGCAAGAUGUUCCGGCCACCGCGCACCUCCCACUGCUCCCUCUGUGACAACUGUGUGGAGCGAUUCGACCACCAUUGUCCCUGGGUGGGGAACUGUGUUGGGAAGAGGAACUAUCGUUUCUUCUACACCUUCAUCGUCUCUCUGUCCUUCCUGACAGUCUUCAUCUUUGGCUGUGUCGCCACACAUCUGGCACUGAGGGCACAAGGAGGGAGAGGCCUGAUGUUUGCUCUUCAGGAGAGUCCAGCCAGUGCUGUGGAGCUGGUGAUUUGCUUCUUUUCAGUUUGGUCCAUCUUGGGCCUCUCAGGCUUCCAUACCUAUCUGGUUGCUUCUAACCUGACAACAAAUGAAGAUAUCAAAGGCUCGUGGUCGGGGAAGAGUGGGACGGAGGACACCGGUAACCCCUACAGCUAUAACAACAUCAUUACUAACUGCUGCUCUGUACUCUGUGGACCCAUGCCUCCCAGUUUGAUUGACAGGCGAGGCUUCAUGCCAGUGGAGGAGUCGUCCCAGACAGUUGCCAUGGAGAUAGAGCUGGCCGCUAAGAAGGAGAUAAACGUGUGUCAACUGGUAUUGUGUCUCUCCGUAUUUGUGUGUAUGGCCCAUCACCACCCCCCACUAGGAGGACAGCUGUCUGGACUUUGCUCUGUCCUGUGCUGGCUGAUGAGCAAGUGCACACAGGGAACUAAAGAUCUGUUGGAGUCGGCAUCUCGCUCUCCCUGUCCCCAGACAGGGAAACCCCAGACCGUCUCUACUUCCUGUCCCGAAAGCAUCGACCCAGCUGACCCGGCGGUGACCUUUAACCCUGAUGUAACCUCUGAACCUGACCCUGUUGCGGUGCCCUCUCUGAAAUGCGGAGGCCGCCACCACAGCCACACCACCAGUCCUCCGGACGAACCCCGCCAGCUGCACCACCACCAUAACCGGCACCACAAGACGCGGUCGGCACGGAGCAGCAGCAAGCGGGCUGCUCUCCACAUCUCCAACCCGGCAUACAACGUCAGCCUCAGCCCCCCCACCUCUCCAGGCCUUGGGCCUAGUCAUGGCACAGGGGCAGAGGAGCACGUAAGGGACAGCUUUGCCACAUUGCACUGAGUCAAGCAAACUCUUCACUUCCUCUGAGUGAAAGGACCUGCGCCUUGCUGCCUUCCACAGCUCUACGCUCUGCAUGCUGUACAACAGUUUAGCCCCACUUGCCAGACUCAUGGCGCACGGCUAUAGGAAGAGACUACAGUCAAUCACACUGGAUGUGGUCAGGUGGUAGCUUUUAUAAUCUAUGUAAGUCCACAAGUCCUCUGGGAGAGGUGGGACAUGACUGAAGCAUCACCAGCACCCUCUUUACAUCCUGGACCUAUGUGGUGGUUGGGGACAAGGAUGUGUGACUGUUACUUUGGAGCUUAAGGAUGUAUUACUGAGGAUAGCUGUGGGGGGUGUGACCGUCUGGAGAAGUCAUUGCACGGUGGCCAGCUUUCACUAGCUAGGCCUAUCACAUCUACUACCAAUUUGUAUAGCCUGCUUGGGCCUUUAUUAGACUGCAAAUGAAUGGAGAGCCCUUCUAGAGAUGCAUUACAGCUUCCUAUCAGAAGAGGGCACUACCUGCAGUGAGAGUGGUACAUGUGAUGUGAACACUUAUAGGACACAUAGACAAACCUCCAAAUGUAAUUGAACUGAAUAGCCCCUUUGUUUACAGCGAAAAGCACAACAAAAGAGCUGGCAUUUUGUGGGGCAAACUUGUGUAGCUACUCAGUGAACCAUCCAUUCUUCUGCCACACUCCAGCUGAAGAGACCUAGGCAGCACUACAGGGCCUCAUACAGACUCUGUUAUUUUUUCUGGGUGGCCAAAAACUAGCCUAGCAUCCAAACUGAUGUCGCUAUGAGUGCAGCGUUCAGUCUGGCUUAAGGCUUGAUACACUGGGGAUACCUACCUACCUACUGAUUUGGGAUGGCUCAGAUUAUUAGAGUAGUUGGUUUAAGGCUUGAUACACUUUGGGGAUACAUACCUACCUACUGAUUUGGGAUGGCUCAGAUUAUUAGAGUAGUUGGCUUAAGGCUUGAUACACUUUGGGGAUACCUACCUACCUACUGAUUUGGGAUGGCUCAGAUUAUUAGAGUAGUUGGCUUAAGGCUUGAUACACUUUGGGGAUACCUACCUACCUACUGAUUUGGGAUGGCUCAGAUUAUUAGAGUAGUUGGUUUAAGGCUUGAUACACUUUGGGGAUACAUACCUACCUACUGAUUUGGGAUGGCUCAGAUUAUUAGAGUAGUUGGCUUAAGGCUUGAUACACUUUGGGGAUACCUACCUACCUACUGAUUUGGGAUGGCUCAGAUUAUUAGAGUAGUUGGCUUGAGGCCCAAAGACCUGGCUGUGUGAGUGCCAAACAACCCAAAUCCUUUUUUUAAAAUCUAAAAGCAGAACUGGAUGGAUGAGCUUGAGUUCGUAUGUGGUAGGCUAGCGUUGGUACAUAGAGCUUUCUAUAUAUCAAUGUCUCUGAACUUGAAGAGACCCCCCCCCACCCCCCCACAUCGAUAAGAGUAGAUCUCGUACUUAGCCCUCGACCCAAGGACAGUAGUAAGAGUGACUAGUAUGCACUACACGGACAUGACUGAAAUGCACUGGCAGAUGAGGACGUCUUGAAAAUCCUAACUGCUGUUUUAUGGUUCAAAACCAACCAUUCAUUCAACAGUAACGACCCAAGACGCCCCUAGAGCAUACCUCAGAAAUGCUUCACCUCACACAGGAAUGUGUUCUUACUAAAGCAGUGUUUCCCAUGAUUCAUAUACACCUCUAUAAUACUGCUAUGUACCUGAGACAUGUUAGCAGUAUCUUGCGUCGCAUGUGGUUGCCUCAUGCCAUGUCCAAAUACUCCUUCCUCCUUGAGUCGCUUGCACUAUUAGUCCAGACAGGAUCCCCAGCACUAAUUGCUAUUCCAUAAUCCACAUAUUAGAUGUGCGAAUCUGAUCCCUUCCUUGAUUUUGAGCAGUGAUACUAGACCAAAAUUAGCCUCUUGUUCAUUUGAACCUUUUUGUUCUUUGUGCGGUUUGACAAAUCUAAUAAGGUACUGUGUGAUAUGAGAAGGCCCACUGAACCAGGGCAUCUGAAUAGGAAGAAUUCAGUGAGAUUCUCAAUCUGAAACCAGUCUUUGUGUUACAGGCUUAGUUAUUUGAUAUACAAGAUAACUGUGAAAGUUCACGUUGAUUGACUUCGUUACGCCUACCCCUGCAGUCAUUUGCACAGAAAACGCAAUGAACUACCACUGAGCAUGAAAUGUGAGCACACUGAGUCGUAGGGACACACAAAGAUCACUUAACACUGACAGUCCAUUUCAUACAAAUAAAAUGAUAUUCCUUAUUGUCCACUUGGACCUACGGCAUUCGCAUUCACUAGAGCAGAGAAGUGAAUUCACUGCACAUUUUGUAUUUCAAAAGUGUUUCCCUUCAUCACAACAACUUGGACAUACUGUAGCUCAGUGGUCAUCCACAAUGCAUUUCAAAUUAGAUUCUAAAGGGCAUUUCCUGUUAUUUCAGCCAAUAUUCCUCAAAAUGAAAAGCACUGACUUUAUAAUGGUCUAUUUCAUGUCAGUCAUGGAUCCAGAAUGAUUGGUCUGUUGACCUCUGUGCUUAUUUAUGUUCAACAUUGUUGAUUCUUUAUGGAAAACAAAAACAGUUGUGUGUUUUAUAACCUGAGUGAUACGCUUGUCUCCGCACAGUAACUGGAAUUGAUGCUUUCUGUCUGCGUAUUACACACAAAGGCCACCAGAUGGCGAUGGUUACAACUAAAUGGAGAUUUUCACAUCAUGUUCACACACUUUCAAAAGAGCUCUCUUCCCAGAAAUAAUCCAAUGUUUGUUCAGUAAAGUAGUUACAUAAACAAAGGCUCUCAGGCAAUAUGUUUAUCUUUUUGUGUUUGUUUUUAUUUACUGACAAAAAUGGCCCAAACAUGUGGACGAGUCUCCCUUUAGAUGUUUAUAGUAUAACAGGGUUUUGUCAUUAUUAAGCAAUUCAAACAGAUGGCCAGUGCUUAUAUUGUCCGUAAAAAAUAAAUACAUCUAAUGUAGGCCAACUGAAUCGUGGGGAAUAUU